AUGACAAAUGGGAGGGCUGUGCUUCUGCCCCUGGGGCAGAUGAUAGUUUCCUCCAUCACUGCCUCCUUGAGAUUUGAUGGUGCUCUGAAUGUUGACCUGGCUGAGUUUCAGAUCAACUUGGUGCCCUACCCACGGAUACACUUCCCACUCACCACCUAUGCACCCAUCAUCUCGGCAGAGAAAGCUUACCACGAGCAGCUGUUAGUGCCAGAGAUCACGAAUGCUUGCUCUGAGUUCUCCAACCAGAUGGUGAAAUGUGACCUGCGCCGUGGCAAGGACAUGGCAUGCUGCCUGCUGUACCGGGGUGAUGUGGUGCCCAAGGAUGCGAAUGCGGCCAUUGCAGCCAUUAAAACACGCCGGUCGAUCCAGUUUGUGGACUGGUGCCCCACAGGCUUCAAGGUGGGUAUCAACUACCAGCCUCCCACGGUGGUGCCUGGGGAAGACCUGGCCAAGGUUCAGCAGGCCUUCUGCAUGCUGAGCAACACCACAGCCAUUGCGGAGGCAUGGGCCCACCUGGACCACAAGGUUGACCUGAUGUAUGCCAAGCGAGCCUUCGUGCACUGGUACGUGGGGGAGGGCACGGAGGAUGAAGGGAAGUUGUUGGUUUUCAUUGGGCAGAAUUCAAAUCAGUGUCUCAAGGCCAUUAUUAAUAAACAGAUAAUCUGA